UCCUUGCUGGAUAUCUUGUCUAGGUUAACUUCGACUUUCUAGGAAGGAUCUAUUUUGACCCUAACGACCGUACACGACUUUGACCGACCCUUAAUUAUAUCCCGCGGCCAUGGCCGCCAAUAUGCCACAGAUGGGCGGCGGCGGUGUACGGCAGCGACCGCCCAACCAGCAGUUGUCGCAACUCGUUUAUACGCAGAUCAUGGGACAAGGCAUUCAGACUGGUGGCUGGCAAGAUCAAGUACAGGUCAAUCUACGAGUUAGUAACACGAUGAACUUGAUCUCUAACUCGUUUCUUGCCAUGCCUGCCCUUGAUUCGCAGCAGCUCGUAUCUCACGGCUUGACCUUUGAACGAGAUGCCUUUUUAAAUUCCCCGGACAAGGGGACUUACGAUCAGAAGAUUGGCGGUCGCGUCCAAGAACUCUUCAAACGACGGCAAGCGCAUGAGCAAAGUCUCCAAAAUACCUUGAACGCCCAGGCCGCUGCUCAAGCGCAUGCUCAAGCGCAGACGCAACAGAUGCUAAUGAACCAGAACAUGAUGCCCAGGGGUAUGGGGCAACCACCGCAGCAGGGCUUCCAGCAUCUCCAACAACAGAUGCAGCCCUCGCCGAUUCCCCAGCAGCCUCAUCAACCGGGAAUGGGGAUGGGAGGUCAGGGCGGCCUCCCCAUGAACCCAAAUCAGCAGCCGAUGCAGAUGGGGGUAGCACAGAUGCGCCCUCAAUUCCCGAUGAACGCCACUUUGGCAAGUCUACCUCCCCAAGAUAGGACGAAAAUUAUGCAAUUGGCUCUGGCGAAGUUGAACCAGACUACGGAACCACAGCGGAAUCAACUGCGUAAUUUAGUACAGCAGAGAAUCAACCCCCAGCAGAUGGCGCAGUUGCAGGCGGAGAACCAGGAUCCAGUUCUAUUCUAUUUACAGAUCCAGAUGUUACAGGCAUUUAAGCAGGGAGGCGGCAAUGGUGGCGGCAAUCAAGCCGCAUUGCAGAUGCAGGCCCAGCAGCGACAGAUGAACCAGUCUGGGCAACAGCUAGUAGGGGUUCCUAACAGCGAGUUUGGUCCAUUUUCGAACGUCGAGAGCAUCAUGAACCAGCAGAAGGCAGGACUACUCGCCCAGGAAGCAGGGCAGAUGGUGGUGCCGGCGAGUAACGGACCCGGCCGGAACGCCACACCUCAACCUAUGGGCGGAAUGCAAGGCCCUAACCCUAACCAUCCUGGACCAAACCAGUCCGGCAUCCCUAAUCAGAUGCCGCAACAGUUCAACCUGCCGCAAGCCCAACAGUUAAAGAUGGACCAAAGGGCGGCCCAGUCGCAGGCCCAGAUCAGGGCGCAGGCGCAGGCUAAACAAAUGCAGGGCCAGCCCGGAGGACUAAACGGUGGCGCCAUCUCUCAGAGUCCUGGCAUGAACACUCUGAACACGCCGGUUCGCCGGACUCCAGUCAUGGGCCAGCCGGAAGGGCAGCAGCAAAUGGGUCAACCCAACGGGCCUUUCGGACAAGGGCUCGACCCGCGUUUCAACCAGGGCAAUCAGCGGCCGCAGAUGGGUCCGAACCCAAUGAAUAAUCAGCACAUUAUCAACAGCGUCCUUGCCCAGAUGCCACCCGAGCAGCGGAAUGCGUUCAUGAGCUUGCCACCGGAUAAGAGGAGCGAGGUGCUGAUGAAAUGGACUGCUAAUCCGACUGCGAGGGCGGGUAUGGGUCAGCCGCCCGGACGCGGUCAGCCUCAACCAGGCCAGUUCGGACAAGGUAAUCCGAUGGCUCAAUUUGGCCCAGGAAAUAACAUGGGCCAAGCACCCAACCCUAGCGCGCAGAUGAAUGCUCAGAACCAAAUGCUGCUUCAGCAGCAGAUGAACAGGAUGAGGAGCAUGCAGCCCCAAAAUCGGCCUCAAAUGCCCCAGCCCCAGGAUGUGAAUAACUAUAUGGAUAGCAUGGACGUACCAGGAAGAAUACUGGACCAGCUGAAAACAAGUCAGCAGCCGGUACCACAAGAGAUCAAGAAGUGGGCUCAUCUUAAGCAAUGGCUCUCCCAGAGGAAUGCCAACAACCAUGUCAUGCAGCAGCUACUGGGCUUCCAGACUGCACAGUUUCAGAACAUGAUGAAGCAGAGGGCGGCAAAUAACCAGAUGGCUCAGCCUAAUAUGCCGCAGCAGGGACCGCAAAUGCCAAAUGCGCAAAUGCCUAUGCAACCAGGUGCUAACAUGGGCCCCUUUGCGGGCAUUACGAUUAGUCCCGCCGAAUUUCAGCAGGCUAAAAAUCACGAGAGGUUCAAGGGCUGGCCAGAUGAGAAGAUCAAGACGGCUCUCAUGCAGAUGAAGCUAACUCAGAUGAGGGCUAAAGCAAACGGACAGGCACCCAAUGCCCAAAUGCAGACGCCUCAGACGUCCCAACCAGCCAACAACAACCUUGCCAUAUCAGCCCCGCCGCCGAAUCCUUCAAACGCCCUCCAGCAAAGACCGCAAAAUGCGGGACCUGAUGCUAAUCCUACGGGCUCUGCGGGGCCCGCAAGGAAUAGGCAGCUUCAAAAUAAUCGUCCGCCGCCUCCGGCCUCGACUGCUCCCCAGAGGAAUAGUCUAAAGCGUGCGAGUACGGAUGACGUAGUGGAAGUGCCGAACCCGUCGGGUACACCUGUCCAGCGUCCGGCGUCCCAACAGGCUCAGGCCGCCGGGCCUCCACCGCAAUUUCAUAUCCCACCCGCUCAGCUUGCCGCGAUGCCGCCCGAGCAAAGGAAUAAGUACGAGGCUAUGAUGAAAUCCCGGCAGGCGGCAGCGGCAGCGGCCGGAGGUGGUGGUGCACAACAGCCGCAGCAGCAGCAGAUGUCCGAGGCAAUGCUGCAUCUGAAAUCUAUCGGCCAAGAGGAACACAUGAACGCGGCCAGAGAGCCGUACCAGGAAAUUCCGAUGAACCCGGAACAAUAUCAAGAUAUGGCCCAGAAGAUCCAGUCUCUGGUUAGCGAGAUGGGCAAGGUCAGCAAAAUCCUAGGGCGGUGGUACACUCUAACGAGAGAUGACAACCGCGCUAGGAUGUUCUUCAAAAUGCGGCUCCGCUUGGGUAAGCAAUUCGCGGACGGCGAGAAGAUGACGACUCUCAAGAAGGCAUUUUCCCUAAAACCGAACGAGCUGGAUAGCGUAAGAGCGAUGCUGGAGGGCAUGGCUAGGGACGUGGCCACCCAGUAUCCUCAAGUUAUGAAGAGAAAUGCUACCCAACAGCAACAUGCCCAAGAACCGGGACCUCAGCAGGGGAAUAGCGAGAACACCGCCACACCACCGAUGGGAGCGCCGACGCCAUUAAACGCCGCCAACCUCGAGAAGCAAAAUGCGUUGAACAAAAUACACCAUAGAUCCACCAGCAAGAGUGGGCAACCACCGGCUGCGCCAACUACCUCGCAACCUCCGUUCCCCUUCGGUGCCCAGUCACCCAACGGUCAGCCUACGUAUAUUGGGAAACCUGCUGUUACCCAAGCUGACCUUCAACUACCCCCUCGCAAGAGACCCAAAACCAGCGGCCAGGCAGGUCUCGGUUCGGGCGGCGCGAGCGCGAGCUCAUCUCCCCAAGUUCAAAAGGCACCGUCCCCAGAGCUAGUUAAGCGACAGACGCCGGCAGAACACGCAGCGCCUAAAUUAGCAUACCAGUGUCCCGAGCCAAGCUGCGAGGCGCACAGUACCGGUUUUGCUACCGAAGAGGCUCGACGAAAUCAUAUCGAGGAGGAGCACGUGAAGCCCUCGCAGAACCCAUUCAAGUUUGCGACCGAGAGCCUUGCUGCUAGGCUCGGAUUAGAUCCUGACGGACACCCGAAGGCGCCGCCGAACACCUCGACGACGGCCCCUUCGAUGGCACGCGAUGCCUCGAAGCAGGGUCAAACGCCGGCGAGCCGAGCCGAUGCGACGCCGAUGUCCCGAGAACCGUCGAUGAAGAGACAAGGUAGCGCACCGGGUGUCAAAGCCUCGGACCUACUUAAGACGAUGGCUGGCAAGACCGGCACGCCGAAGCCCGACGUCGGAACUCAGGUUGGAGAUGGUACUGUAGCGCCUGCAAAGACGUCCGGCGCAGAUGGAGCCUGGCCGAUGACGACUAUAGACCCGCAAAACCUACUCCAAAACCUGGGGGGCAUCGAAAGCGGUGGCGGAGGUUCUAUUUUCGACAUGAACGUGUAUCGGGCAAUAACACCACACGACACGCCGGAGGACACGCCGGAGUCGAGCAAGGAUAGCGCGAGUUCGGAGCCGACUAGUGACCUGUCGGAAGGCGUGUCGCUUAAUCUGCAGCUGAAUAUGGGGCCCGACCCCAACAUGGGGCUCGACAGGUGGCAGCCAUUCGGGCUGGGCGACGUCGAGUCUGGCGACAUGAACUUGACCGAGAUGGAUCUAGGUGCUACGGACGAAAAUACGAUGCCGCUAUUCUCGUGGGAUGACGUGAACCCCGAUUUUACGAAAGAAUUCACAUUAGACACCAGUUUCUACUCUCUCGAGACGGCAUGAAGGGGCAGCGGACUAGAGCUCUUUAAUAUUUCUCAUUUUUCUUCCUCACAAUGAAUAAUGAGGUAUUAGCAAGGGUAGGCAAGUCUAUACGAGUUGGGCCAGGCAGGGGCUUG